AUUGGUCCAGGGCUGUCUGCCACAUGAAUUUCCAGGGGGGUAGGUUGGUUCUGAGCCCUUCUGCAUGGAGCUCUGCUCUUUGAUGCCAGCCUUUCUUCUUGCUUUUCCUCUACCCAUUGCUUUCUGGCACUAAGCUGCUUCCUGAAGAUUGCACAGCAAGUCAGAUCAGCUUCGAGGGGAGCUGAUCCAGGAGAGGACAUGGGGCCAAAAGAGCCUGAGGAGUUUGAAGAUGCAGCUUUAUCAGCUUAGCAAAAGAGCUGGUGCAUCGAAUGGCAAAGGCUGCAGGCCCUGUGUGCUUGAGGUCUGUGACAGAAGGCUCUGCACUAUUCCCAAUACAGUCCAGAUGCCCAUGGAAGGGUUAUUCCCCCAGCACCUCCCAACCCCCUGGUGCCCCCAGAAUCCAUGCCUCUGUAUAAGGGGACACGAGGGAAUCUGUGAUUCAUCCCGUGACGCUCUGAGGUUGUCGCCUUCAAGGACAGAAACCUGUCGGAGUAACACGUGGCAGAUCUGGCCCCAGGGCAUCUUCAGCUUCGCUCCUGCCUGAAGCAGCAUCCUGAGCCACAGCAGUGGGAGCAGCAGGUGCAAGGACCCAGUUAUGGGCAGUUUUUAGGGCUGUAUUUAUAAACCAGGUGGUCCUGACAUUGUGGGUGGUUAAAGCAGAAGGAGAAAGGCUGCUAUGGAAGAGCACAAAUUUGAGAUCAGGCUACUGUUCUCACCACUAUAAAAUUUGCAUUUAAAUCCAAUGAUUGAGGUGCUGCAGGCAGGUGCCCACAUCCCAGAGAGAGCAGGAGGGUGCAGUGGACACCUUUGAGGCUGCUGCUAUGAAUAUUUGGGAUCAGCUUGGGGACUGUCUGAGAGAAAGAAUCUCCAUAAUCAUGGGGAAGAGUCAGAGAAGAGCACCCGGUGCUUCCAUCAGGACCAGAGGGUGGCUGUCACUGUGAGGAGCUGAGCCCCAGAGCUUCCUGCUGCAGCCUCCUCCUGCACAGCUGCACACACAGGGUCCUGUUUACUGCUGGGGAGCUUAAGGCAAAAACAAAUGCCAGAGAGCAGCAAAGGAAAAGGCUCUUCCUCUAGGAACAGGAAAAAGGUGUAUUUGGCAGGUGAUGACCAGGUUGUGUUGUCAGUGUACCUGGCUGCUGCAUCUGAACCUGCUCCCAGGGUCUGUGAUGGGCAGAAGUUGAUUUAUAGAGACCUAACACUGUGAUUCCCUGUAGGACCAAAGCCCUGCACAAGCAGUGGGAUGCUUUAAUAAUAUUAAGUGCCCUUUGCUACCCUAUUUCAGGUGUCUGUUUAUUUUAUUGCAUCCCUGGGAGACCACACACUCGGUGUGCAUCACAUCCACCAGAAUGCAGUUGCUGAAAGAGUUUUCAGUCUGGAAAUGCCACUACUGUCCCCCAGGCCAACGGAGGACUGGGAAUACACACAGGGAGCUGGGCAGUGUUUCAGCAGCCAAUUGCUCCCAGCAAUGCCCAGGUUUGGUUGUGGUUUUUGGUCACGUAUCAGUCUCAGACAGAAGAUGCCUCCAGGGUCGUGACAACCAGGUGGGAACCUGCCCUUCCAUGAUGGCCACGCACUGGGAGUUGUUCCCUGGGGAUGGAGCAAGCUGCAGGUGGGAAAAAAGCCUAGGGAGAGGCUUUGGAUGCUGAGUGGUGUGAAAAUCAUACAAUACUCCUGUUUGGGAGCAGUUUGCUCCCAAGUCCUGAGUCACGUGUGAGGAAACCAAGACUUUUUGGUUGCAGGAAUGUGAAUACACAAACUCAACGAAGGAUUUACACUGAAAAUAACCCACUGGUGGUGGUGGUGGGGAGAAGCAGGUGGCCAUAACCUGAACACUGUACUUAAGACUUAACAAAUGAUUUGGCUUCUGGCUGCUGCUGGUCUGUUUAUCCCACAGACUUGGCAGGCACAGGACACUUCCCAAAUGUUGAGGUUGAUGAAAGUUGUGGCUGGCCAGCUGCCAGCUCUCGAGGCUAUCAACUGGCUCUCAAACUGUGGAUGCUAAUUAGCACUUUCCUUCUGUAAAAAUUUAUGUUGCAAAGUCAUGGGAAUCAGGGCUCUUUGCACUCUGUGUUUGUACAGCCCUUGACACGAUCGUGCUCGUGAUGGAGGUCUUGUACACCACUGCAAUAUGGAAAUAUAUUAUAAAAACCUUUUUCUCCUUCAUAGGUAACUGAUCUUCACAGAAUUGCUCUUACAAUCUGGGAGGUCAUCACAACCCCAAGCCUAAGGAAAUCUUGUGAAUCACCGCUCCUGCACUUAAGAAGGCUUGUGAAUCACCGCUGCUGAACACGCCCCACGCGGCAUCAGCAUCUUUGGAGAAAGCUGAGGAUGAGGACUCUAAGCUGAGUCCUUUAUUUUGGCGUUGAUGCUCUGCGAGCGGGAGACUUCGGGAGACGCGGUCCUCACCUGAGCGAUCCAGCCCCAUUCCCCCGUUUGAAGGCUGUUAAUGGAGAAGAGGGCGGAUGACAGCCGGGACCGUGGUCAUCACAGGUGGAAUAUUAGCGACUGUCAUUUUGCUAUGUAUCAUCGCCGUCCUCUGCUACUGUAGGCUCCAGUAUUACUGCUGCAAGAAGGAUGAAUCCGAGGAGGACGAGGAGGAGCCCGACUUCGCCGUGCACUCCCACAUCCCGCCGCUCCACUGCAACCGAAACGUAGUGCUGACCAACGGCCCGUCCCUCUACACCUCAUCCCCGUUCACCAAGAAGCCAACCCCGACCCGGUCCAGCUGCCCCGGCUGCGGCCCCUACGAGCCCCCCUACGAGCCCCCCACCUUCUUCCUUCAGGAGCCCCCCGAGGAGCUGCACAACGGGGGCGACCGGGUGAGCUACAAGACGGUGAGCCAGGAGGAUCUGGCUCUGCCGGUGAGCGUGUCCAACCUGCAGGCUCUCAAUCCCAACCGGCUCUCGGCCAUGCGCGAGGCCUUCUCCCGCAGCCGCAGCAUCAGCACCGACGUGUGAGGGGCCAACGUGUGAGGGGCCGGCGUCCCAUCGCACCUCCUUGCACCUCCCAGGGCUCUGAACGGCGGGGAGAACUCGGUGAAGUUCAUGGAAGAGUUCUGAAAAAGAAAAAAAAAGGAAAAGAAGUGAAUGUGUUUCUACCAGGGCUGAACGGCAGCGUGAAGGGGUAGCGAAACAACCCCGAAAGGGGAGCGUGGGGGAGGAUGGUUGCAGCUGGGACGUGAGGUUUUUCUAGCGCUGCGUUGCAUUUCUUUUUUUUCUUUUAUAAAGAGGAUUUUGAUACUGAGCAUCCUUUUCUACGGAGUACCCACCCCUCCUCACCGUUCGGCUGGAAUGCCGAGGGACGGUGAGCAAAUGGUGGGGCACAGGGUUGGCUGCAGAAUGGCUCGUACUGCGAGUCAGCAACCAGCUGCUGCCGUGAUGUGGUGGCCCUGAUGUGCACACACAUGUGCACACACAUGUGCACACACAUGUGCACACACACACACACACCCCUCCCCUCAAAGGUUCUCAAGCAAAGCAGAGCUGCUAUUGCCCACCCUUCUGCCACCCCUUCCUGCAGCGCUCCGUGCUGCAGCCAUGGGAGUGUGUGUGUGUGUGUGUGUGCACAGCCCUGCACUAUUCCCAGGCCAUCUCGCUCCUCAGCUCCUCAAGUCAGUCAUUAAUUCUCAAGUGACAGGCACAGUCCCCUCAGGGCUGGGAUGGCGGGUGCAUGCACAGCCUAUCCCUGCCCCUGGAGAUCCUGGAGUGACCUCACAGUUCCCUGAUGGAGGGUACAAACCCAUUGUGUUACCUGACUAUGGGAAUAACACACAGCACACUUUUGGAUUGAGGAAUACCUCUCUGAAUAAUCCAUCCCUUCUCCGAGUAAUGCCAUAAGCAACUUCUAACUGAGGCUCUGUGUCAUCAUGUAUGUGCUCAUCCCAAGCAUGCACAGUUUUACAUGCAUUUAUUUGUCUUUUUUAAUUUUUUUAAAAUCCAUCAUGCUUUUCACCCAUCCAGAGAUAUGUCAAAACACUUUAGAUUUAGGCAAAACCUCCUCUUUAGCAUUUUUCAUUGAGCCCUUUCCCAUGGCCAGGCAGCCUGGCUGUGGCACCAGCUCUGCCCCCGCUCCUCCAGCCAUGCUGGAUCUGGCCAGGGCAGUGCUGGGAGAGCAGCAGGCACAGAGCUGGUCACUGAGAGCGUCCCUCUGCACCUAGCAUGCUUUAAAGGAACCCUUUUAGUAUUUCAGUGCUUUAGGAGAGAAAUUGCACAUUGCAGCAACAUCUACGGGGGGACUCACACUCUGGUCUCUCCUGGCUGUCUCCAUUCCUCCCCUCCAACCUCACCAUACUCCCAGUUUGUGUGACAAAAAGCACCCUGUUUCUCCUGGAUUAUACAUUAUUCAGGUUAAAAGCAUCACGCUGGACCUGGGGGUGGCUGGCAGAGGAUGGACUGGCUGCACAGAGACUCCAGUGGCCCCAGUGCUGUGCUCCGGGUCAGCUUUCCUUUUUCAAGAUGUUACAGGAAGAAGCAGCCGUGGCUCCAGCCCCCUCGGCUCACAGACACUGUGCUGCAGCCCAGCUGGGUACUUUACUUUUAACCACGAGGGCUUUUAAUUCCACAGGAAAUCUUUUGACGUACAAGUCAGUCUUUGCAAAUGAGUAUCUUCAACUUUCUCGGGGGGGUUCUGUUUGGGUUUUGGGGGGGAGGGGGCCAGGGUUGUUUUCGUACGUGUUUAAUAUUCUGGGCUUGGUCCCUGCAGUGCUGCAUCCCAGGAGCACGAUGCCUCUGCUCCAGAGGGAUACAGCCACUCGGGCCAUGCUCCCAUGUACAGUUCUCACCGGGGUUUGUUUCCACGCCUUGAGCCCUUUCUCUCCCCGUUUCUCGUGACCGUAUUUCUCCUCCCAGCCUUCCUUCCUUUUUUCCCUUAUUUCUUUCCCUUGUAGCUUGGAAACUAAGCAAACGGUUGGCUUUCACUAACCUUCACCUGGUGAUCUGUUGUACAGGACUUCGGGGAUCUCGGGGAGGGGGGAAAGUAAAAAAAGAAAUAAAAUAAAAUU